AUGGGCAAAAAGGAGGCUAAACGGAAUGAAUACGUAACUUUUGAAAAUGGUCUUAAUAACUACACAGUGGAAACGGGGAAAGCACCUAAAAUAUCGAAAAAAGGUACAAAUGAGCAAAAUAAUGAGCUCAGAACUAUCAAUUACAAUGACAAAAGCACGCCUCUGUCAUCUAAUAAAAAUAAACACAAAGACGAAGCAGUUGUUGUAAAGGAGUCGAAAAAUGAUAAACAGCUCAAGCGAAAACAUAGCUUAACUUCUAAUAUUCAGAGUGAUAAUGCUCUUCUUGAGGGCAUUGAAUCUAAAUCUGAAACGGGGAGGGAAAGUGUGUCAGAGUUACCGUCGAAAAAAAGAAAGCAUAAUUCUAAGUCCCCUGCUCAGAACGAAUGCGGUUUAAAUGAUAAGAUUGUUUGUCAUGCAGUUGAUACAAAUAUCAAAGAAACCGCACUGAAACACAGAAAGCAGAGCCAACAGCAGUGUUCUGUGUUAAAUGUUCAUUCUAAAGGCGCCUCAGGGGACCAGAAAACACCUAAAAAACCCAAGAAAAUCAAACCCAAGGAGAAUGGGGCUGUGGAUAAAUCUAAAAGAAAAAAAAGAAAGCGAGAAAACGGUCCUUCGUUAAACACUCAAAGCCAAAAUAUUUCUUUUGACCAGACAGUAUCUAACACGACUGAUGUAAGCAAGCUACAAGAUAGUAUAACAGUAUCAUAUAAUUCGUCCAAACCCAAAAAGUGCAAACAAAAUACUCUACCCAAGAUUGAAAAAGGAAAAUGGUAUCAUGAAUACCAAAUUUCUAGUGACAAGGAAUAUCUUACGAGCGAUGAAAGUUCUACUGAAGUAGAUAACUCACAGAGUAGGAGUCUUCAACGUCAACACAGACGACUGUCUAAUGAACGUUUAUCAAGAACCAUAUUCGUUGGCAAUUUACCACUGAAUAUUACCAAAAAAAGAAUAGAAGCAUUAUUUAAUAAUGUGCUAAGGGAUAAUAAAAUCUCAUCUUCUGAUUGCUCUGUUGAAUCUGUCAGAUUUCGUGGUGCUAUUCCAGUUACUGGUGGUACUAGUAGGUUAGCACGAAAACGUGCAGCUAUCACAGGCGAAUUUUCAGGUGUUUCCAAAUUUCGUAUGGGUUAUGUUGUACUGACAACAAAGAUCGGUAUACCAAUGGUACUUUCUUUAAAUGGAUGCUGUUUGAAUUCGGAUGGUUUUAUUGUGAACCCUGAAGAAUCAAUUGAUGUAAUUGAUAAUAAAACUGAAUCUACCACUAAUACUGUUGCUGCUACUAAUAGUGAUACGAAUAGUGUAUAUCAUAUUCGAGUCGACAAAGCAACUGAUAAUAAUAAGACACGUGGUAAAUCAGAUAAUUUUGUAUUCAUUGGCAAUCUACCAUUCGAUUGUACUGAAGAAGAGAUCUAUAGUACGUUGUCUACAUUAGGUUCAAUAAAAAAUGUUCGUUUAAUACGUGAUUCUCAAACUGGUGCUGUGCGUGGAUUCGGUUAUGUAACAUUCAACGAUCCAUCAGUUAUCCCUUUAGCUAUACGAUCAUCAAAUACCCUGAGUGUACGUGGAAGACAAAUAAGAAUUAUGGAGUAUAAAGUGAAGAAAACUCAAAAUAAAAAUGUUCAUCAGCAAUUAAAAUCACAUAAUAACAGGAAUAAAAUAUCCAAUACUAAUCCAAAGCAAAAGAAGAAACACGAAAAGAGGAAAACGAAGCUACAACAAGAACAAGAACAACAAAAGCAACGAUAG